GCACGCACGCAUACACACACCGACUCGAUCCGUCCAUCCCAUCGAUCACUUUUCCCGCCACACUCCUGCUUCACGAGUUUUCUCAGGUGUUAAAAGGGGGGAGACAGAUGACCGUCAGUUGCGCGCGACGGGAAGACGUGACGAAAAGACGGUUUGCGCGCGCACACGCAAUUUAAUAUGACCGCGUAGAACUGGACACAAUCUGACUUUAACCUGAUGCCGGAUAAUCCGAUUAACUAGCAGGGAGGAGCGUUAUCUGCAGAGAGAAGUGCAGCGCUGGAUGAGUGGAGAGACAUGGCGCGCGGGAUGAGCCUGGGAUCGCCUCUCACACCGCUGCUCAUUGUGCUCGCUUGCUCGGCGCUUCACGGUUCGCGCGCCUCGCAGUUCCCCACGUCGCUCAUCAUUAAAGAAUGGGUGGAUCAGAUGCAGCAGGAGCUGGUGACCGUAGCUGACACAGCCAGUGCAGGAAAAAGCUUAGUAGAGAUCUUUAUGAAUAAUCAGAAAUACUACACUGUGGAAACAAACUAUGCAGGAAGGCUGGUGGAUAAUGCAGCACGGAAUAUAGAGAACUUUUUAAAGAAGCGAGCAAAAGCACUUGAGUCUUUGGCAACUGCUGCAGAAAACUUCCAGAUGGAGCAUCAGUGGAAGGAUGAGUUUGCUGAUAGUGACAUAGUCUAUUAUAAUGCCAAGGACAAUCUUGAUGUCAACGAAACUGAAGGAAAGAAAAACCGGAUCCGACCAGAAUUUAAGGAAGAUCCAUCUUUUAAAAAUCGUCUCAUCUCCUACAACCACACAGCUGUGCACAUCCCCACAGACAUAUAUGAUGGCUCCACCAUUGUGUUAAAUGAACUGAACUGGACUGAAGCACUGGAGGAUGUUUUCAAGAAGAACAAGGAGGAAGACCCGACUUUACUCUGGCAAGUGUUUGGCAGCGCUACAGGACUGGCUCGCUACUAUCCUGCCUCUCCGUGGAAGGAUGCCAGGAAAACGCCAAGUAAAAUUGACCUAUAUGACGUCCGCCGCAGACCCUGGUAUGUUCAGGGAGCUGCCUCACCUAAGGACAUGCUCAUUCUGGUGGAUGCGAGCGGAAGCGUGUCUGGAUUAACUCUGAAACUCAUCCGAACGUCCGUCAGUGAGAUGCUGGAGACUCUCUCAGAUGAUGACUAUGUUAACGUAGUGAAUUUUAACACAAAAGUGAACAACACAGCAUGUUUCGACCAUCUGGUUCAGGCCAACGUCCGCAAUAAGAAAAUCCUGAAAGAUGCAGUGCAGAACAUUACAGCUAAGGGCAUAACCAACUACACAAAGGGCUUUGAAUUUGCCUUCAAACAGCUCUCAGAUCAGAAUGUGUCAAGAAGAGCUAACUGCAAUAAAAUAAUCAUGCUGUUUACUGACGGAGGAGAGGAGAGAGCUCAGGAGAUCUUUGAAAGAUACAACCGUGAUAAGGAGGUCCGGGUCUUUACUUUCUCUGUUGGCCAACACAACUAUGACACUGGACCUAUACAGUGGAUGGCUUGUGCCAAUAAAGGUUACUUCUAUGAAAUCCCUUCUAUUGGAGCAAUCCGCAUAAACACACAGGAGUAUUUGGAUGUCCUGGGCAGACCCAUGGUCCUGGCUGAUGCUAAACAGGUGCAAUGGACCAACGUUUACCUGGACGCCUUGGAGCUGGGUCUGGUCAUCACAGGCACUCUACCUGUCUUCAACAAGACUAAAUCCAGAGAAAACAGCUCACGCAUCCAGCACGAGAACCAGCUCAUUCUAGGAGUGAUGGGUGUGGAUGUGUCUCUGGAUGAUAUCAAAAGACUAACACCACGCUUUACAAUCGGCCCUAAUGGAUAUUAUUUUGCGAUUGAUCCCAACGGCUAUGUGCUGCUCCAUCCGAACCUCCAGCCUAAGAAUCCCAAAUUUCAGGAACCUGUCACUCUGGACUUCCUGGAUGCUGAGCUAGAAAAUGAUAUUAAAGUCGAGAUAAGAACAAUGAUGAUUGACAGGGAUCCUGGUGAGAGGAAGAUUGAAACACUGGUCAAAUCUCUGGAUGAGAGAUACAUUGAUCGAGGAGUGAGGACUUACACUUGGGUACCGGUCAAUGGCACAGACUACAGUUUGGCCUUGGUUUUGCCUGAGUACAACAUGCACUACAUCCAAGCAAACCUAGGGGACGUAAAGCAAGCCAUGUUCUCAGAUACUAUGCAAGUGGAGAAAUUUGAGGAUUAUGGCUACACCUUUAUAGCACCCAGGGAAUAUUGCCAAGACCUGAAACCCUCCACCAACAACACUCAGUUCCUCAUGGACGUCAUCCAGUACAUCGACAAGAGAAUGCCCAGUGACCCAAUGUGUAAUGUGACUCUACUGAACAGGAUGCUACUGGACGCUGGUCUUACAGCUGAACUGGUCAAUCUUUGGAAAAAGCAGAGUGUAGAAGGUGUGUUAGCCCGGUUUGUGGCUACAGAUGGGGGCAUCACACGGGUUUAUCCUAAAAGUGCUGGAGAGGAGUGGACCGAGAAUGCAGAGACCUUUGAUUCCAGUUUCUACAAGAGGAGUUUAGACAAUGACAUUUACAUCUUCACCGCCCCUUAUGUCAACAAGAGCAGGGAGUCCAGCUAUGAAUAUGGUAUUCUGGUCAGUAAAGCUGUGGAACUGGACUUCAAUGGAGUCAAACUCAAACCAGCUGUGGUGGGAGUCAAACUCAAUGUAUCUGCCUGGAUGAACAGCUUCAUGAAUGCCACCAUGAAGAUAAAUUGUAAGGAUGAAAUCUGUGGCUGCCUCAGGAAUGAUAAGCAUGUGGACUGUGUCAUACUGGAUGAUGGAGGCUUCCUGCUCAUGUCCAAUCAGGACGAAUACAUCACACAGAUUGGUCAGUUCUUUGGCGAAGUGGACCCCAUUCUGAUGACCAGUCUGUUGAAUACAUCACUCUACUCGUUUAAUAAAACCUACGACUAUCAGUCAGUGUGUGACCCUGAGAAAGAACCAAAGGCUGCCGCUGGGCCACGAUCUGCCUAUGUGCCUACCGUAGCGGACAUGUUAAAUCUGGGCUGGUGGGCCUCCAGUGCCGCAUGGUCAAUGCUUCAGCACUUCCUCCUCAGUCUCACUUUCCCAAGUUUUCUACACGCAGAAGAGGACGUCUCAGAUGCCUACUCAAAAGAGAGCUGUAUAACAGAGCAGACUCAAUAUUUCUUUGAGAAUGACAACAGGUCUUUCCAAGGUGUGCUGGACUGUGGAAACUGUUCUAGAAUGUACCGAGCAGAGAAGCUGCCCAGCACUAACCUGGUGUUUCUAAUUACUGAUGCCAAGAGCACCUGUCUUUCCUGUGACACCAAGCCAGUGAGACAGGCCGAGCAGCCUUCCACUGGUCCGGACCCCUGUAUACUGGCCCAUAACCCUCGCUACAGAAAAGGCCCAGAUGUCUGCUUUGAUAACAACAUUGAUGAAGACGCAUCUGACUGUGGCAGUGGUUGUAGUCUGAUUCCCUCUCUCUGGCCAGUGCUAGCUCUUCAACUGCUACUCCUCUGGCUUCUCACUGGAACCAGCUGCUGUUCCUGACAAGCAGACAGCUGCUGACUGCCCACCAGUUAUUCACAGACUGAUCAUUACACAAUUAAUCGGCACAUACACACUUCACUUCCUAACCACCAUUCAUGGCCGGACCAGAAUUACAAACAACAACCACAUCUCACGGAAAUCUCUCCUGACGCAGUCUUGGUCAGGAAUACAUUCCUGAUCACAGACACUACACACAUUUUUACACACUCUGUGCACACACUGCUGACCAGAACACAGCGUACUAAGACAUGACUGUGUUCCACAUGUCCACUCCAGGUUUCCUAGAUGGAAAGAUAAAAGACUAUUAUUUUCAAAGAGCUACAUUUCACUUAUCUUUUUCAGUUUCCUUUUGGCGCUAAUGAGGAAUCAACGCUGGGACUCUCUUUCUUAAAGAGGGAAAGAUGUUCCCAGCAAAUGUAGCAGUCUUUUUAGCUUUUAAGGGUGGGUAUUUUUCUUUUCGCCUGCUACUGCUGCACUUAUUUGAGGCUUGAAGAAGGUUGGAUCAGUUAAACGAGUGUUGAUCUGAGCACAUAAAUAUGAUUUAAGAAUUGUGAGGUGCCACGUCAUGUGUCUAGGGUUGUUUUAUGUAAUUCACUCUCACAUCAAAAGAGUGGUUGAGGUGAAGUAAUUCUUUGAAUGGCAUUCAAAGAAUCAUUAGAAAGGGGUUUAUUAUGGAAGAAGUCAAUGAUCUCUCCCCAGGCCCUAACUCAAACACUGUAUUCUACAUUUGGCCCACUGACCAUUCUGUUUUUUAUUAUCUGUCAUACAGAUACUUGAUCUACUAGAAUUUCUUCCAGUAUGAGUUCUAUGCCAUGAUAUCAUGCGGAUGUCCAUCACUGAGACGCAUGAGACACUUUAUUUAUGUUAAACUCAGCACAUGCCAAAUUAUGAACGUUCUGUAUUCAUUACUGCUAUCCAUAAGAGACACUUUUUUUCCUGAAGAAAAGAUCACUGAAGAAACCUUCAGGCAUGUAUUUGUUUUCUUAUCUUUUCCUGGCCUUACUUAAAUACUACCCAAGAAAACAGCUACCAUUAAUUUCAGUUAUUAUUUUAAAGAAAGCUUAAUGAUUGACUGUUUGAAGCUCUGCCAGUCCUGAAAUAGAGGAAAUAAUUCUGCCAGCAUCAGCAUACACUGAGUCAUUAUAACCUUUUCUAUUGUGUCCACAAAUAUGAGCACAUGACUUUAGCAGGAUCCUCUAAUGGCUGAUUUUAACCCGUUUAUUUGGAUUAGACACAUUUGUUGAGGCUGUGGUGAAGCUGUGGUUUUGUCACACUAAUCAAGUUAAACAAUGCUGAGUGUUUCAGGUGAAAAGUUCAUGUGUCAGCUUAGUUGCCAAAUGCGCAUGAAAUACAGCAUAUUGGACUAUAUUUUUUGUCACUCUGUAGCCAAGUGGAAGGUGGACGUAGACGAGAGGAAGUUUUCCAGAAGCAGACUCAUUUUCUUAAGCGUCUACUGUAUUCUGUAGCGUUAUUUAUGUACUGUAUGCAGUCAUUUAUGAAUCUCUGAAAGAUCCUUAGCUCUGAAUUUGUCACCUCAGACCUCAGGCAGAUGUGGCAUUGAAGUGCAUCAGAUAAAGAUGGUGUGUGUCCAAACUUUAUGUAUAUAGACUAAUCUUAAUGAAGUGUAUAUGAGUACUGUGUAUGUUUGCCUUUUUGUUUCCCGGUGUGCAGUGCAAAAAAAGUUAAAACAGAAAAAAAAAAUUCCAGGAUCCAUAUUACAAUCAGAUAUAUUAAUGAAAACUGCAUUUUUUGACAGUGCCUAUAUGGCUACUCAUUUUAGCUGCAUUGCAAAUUGCACAUAAAAGUAUUAAAAGUAUACUGAUAAAGAAGCAUAUUAUAAGAUUGAACUGUCUAUUAAAAGUUUAAAUGUUUUCAUUGUUUUAUUCUGAGAUUCGGCAUCUAUAUUUUAGUGUAUGUUAUAAAAGUGCAGAUUUCCUUCAUGCAAAAUAUCCCAUUCAGCAUAUUUCAGGAUACCUAAUGUUCAGUAAUAGACUACCACUUUACAUAAGAGGACAUGAUAAAUGAACUUUUGGACAUGUUUCCUCUGUUACAAUGUAAGUCCACUUCAAGCUAAAUCUGACUAAAGCAGUACUGUGUAACAAUGAGAACUUGCAUGUAUCAUUAAAUAGGCUUUACAGAAGCAUCCAAGCCUCCUUAUGUAAAGUGGGGGCAGUAGGUGUCGUGUGUGUGUGUGUGUGUGUGUGUGUGUGUGUGUGUGUGUGUGUGUGUGUGUGUGUGUGUGUGUAUGUGUGUGUGUGCACGUGUGUGUUCUCUGAAUGCUGCUGUCAGCUGCUGUGUUGUCCCGUUGGGCUGCUGUGUGUCCGUGCUCCUGAACGUACUGCUGGUGCUGAUGCUCAAUGUGCCAGGAGAAGCUUUCCUUCUAGAGUGUUUAUCGAAGUUGCUCUUGUUUGCUGAUGGGGUGUGGCCUGUGCAUUUGUAGCCCCGCCUCUUUUCAGGUUAUGCUCUAAAAUCCUUAUCUUUUUGUGGAACUUGACAAGCCUGAAAACAUUUUUGUAUACAUUUGUACCAUGUUAUUAAAGAAGAUGACAAAUGAGGAAAAAAAUGUUUGUAUUGAAUUCGAAUGUGUUAAUUCUUGUGCAGAUAUAUUCACAAUAAAAGUUUAUUGUUAUUAAA